CCCCCUUUCCUCCGCUUCAACUCCCACCGCCUUCCGCUUCGCUGCCUGCGGACGGGAGCCGGAGCCCCACCGGCCGACCAUGCUGAACCCGCGCGUCCUCAGGCCCUCGCUGCUCCGGCGCCUCGGGGCUGCCGCAGCCCGCGCCGCCGACUGGCCUCCGUCGCCGUGCCGGCCCAGAGUCUUUCCCGCGAGGAGUAAUCAUUCUCGAGGUUAUUCCAGUGAAGGAAGCUCCAAGUAUGAUAGGCCAAUGAGACAAUUUGCUGAAGAAAACGAGGCGAAUCGUCAGCCGCUGACAUAUUACAUUGUUCCAUCUGCUCUACUAGUCUUUGCUGGACUUGCCACUUUUGUUCACUAUAAUGAUGAGAGGCGUGCAGUUACCCAAGAAUCACAACAGACCAGUGUUCCCAAAAGGUGUACUACCAAUAGACCUGCAAUUGGAGGGCCAUUUAAGCUAUAUGAUACAGAAAAAAAUGAGGUGACUGAAUCGAAGCUUCGAGGAAAUUGGACACUGAUGUACUUUGGGUAUACAUCAUGUCCUGAUGUGGGGCCAGCAGAAGUUCAGAAAAUGGCUGAUGUUGUCAAGUUGCUAGAGUCAAAAUAUGGCACCAAGAUUACACCACUCUUUAUCACAAUUGAUCCUCAACGUGAUUCACCUGCUCAGCUUAAGGCAUACCUCAGUGAGUUUGACCCAAGAAUAAUAGGACUAUCAGGCUCCAUCAAUGCAGUAAGACAGAUAGCGCAGGAAUACCGUGUUUUCUUUAAAAAGGUUGAUGACAUUGGUCAGGAUUAUCUUGUAGAAAGCUCUCAUGACAUGUAUUUGCUAGAUCCAUGCUUGGAGACAGCACGAUGCUUUGGACCAGAGUAUGAGGCAUCGGACCUUGCUGAGGCGAUAACUAUGGAGAUCCAGAAAGCUUCUAAAUCAUCAGCAAACUAGUGUAGCUGCCCUUUGUCUUGGAGGACCUAAUUUGGUACAAAUCCAAUGUUUGCUGGGAAGCGCUUCUUCCUCUCCCCUCCAUAGUCUUUCUCACCAAAGGGUGACACUUUGAACCAUUCGUUUACCCCCGCCUCCAACUUAUUCUAGCUCCUGUGCCCCUCUCCUUGCUGUAUGAGAAUUUAGCAAAACUGUACAGCGCCGCCUCUGUUGAAAACUGCUUCGUUUACAAUUCACUUGCAAUUUUACGAUCACAGAAUGCUAUGGCAUGUCUAUUUGAUGUACCCAGAUGACCUCGUAGAACAGGUCCUCCAAGUUCAGCACUGGAUAGUGGAUACCAGCGUAGAUUCAGAAACCGGUUUCCUCCUUUGGGAUGAACAGGUAAAAAUGGUAGAAACUUUACAGCAAUGCCACAUGUUCUAUCACGUGGUAGAUCUCUCACAGUGACCGACUGUUUGACACAUGCUUUUGGUUUGUGAAGAGCAAAACUGUUAGCUUUUCCUCAGUGUGGUGUAGCUUCCACCGAGCAGGGGUUGCAAUGGAACUAUUCUUUCCUCUCUGUUUCCCUCGUUGCCCUUUUGCAGUUGCAGGCACUCCAAAGAGAAUGAAUGAUCUUAUAUUAUGCAGGCUGUCGUGCCCCAGCUGGACACAAAGCCACCUGCUGCCAUUAUGCUUGCCGAGGUGUUACUUGGCACACUCAUUUCUCCAUAUUCGCGAUGCUAGGGCAGUUGCGUUUGGCUCUGCCGGCUUCUGCACUCUGCACUGCAGCAUGCGACGUUCUUCUCUGAAGAUUCUGUUUCUGUUUGCGCGUUGCCUCUGCACUGCAGCAUACGACGACCUUCUCUGCAGAUUCUGUUGCGACAGAGUCGAAUUGGUGCAUAUGUCGGGCAAGCAACGUCCAACUUUGCAGCAAUGUGAGGUUGAUGGAUGGAGCGCAAUACCGCAUUGCAUAGUACCACUCUAUUCUGAUUUAUUUGGAGAAACUGAUGGAAAUACUUAUAUUUUAAAAUGAAAUAUAUUUUGCAG